UGGCGGUAAUGCACCACAUCGUUGUUUGCCAACUGCCAAAAAACGACAAAGAAGAAGAAGAACCAGCUGCAGCAGCAGAAGAAGAAGAAAAAGAAAGAGAAGCGUUUUACCUACGUAAAUCGAAGAUGGCUAAACAUCAUCCAGAUUUGAUCUUCUGUCGAAAACAAGCUGGUGUUGCAAUCGGGAGACUCUGCGAGAAAUGUGAUGGAAAGUGUGUCAUCUGUGAUUCCUACGUCAGACCCUGCACACUGGUGCGUAUUUGCGAUGAGUGUAACUACGGCUCCUAUCAGGGGCGCUGCGUCAUAUGUGGGGGGCCUGGUGUGUCCGACGCCUACUACUGCAAAGAAUGCACCAUCCAGGAGAAAGAUCGAGAUGGAUGUCCUAAGAUUGUAAACCUGGGCAGCUCCAAAACAGAUCUGUUCUAUGAACGAAAGAAGUAUGGCUUCAAGAAGAGGUGAACGCGACCACGACGACCCAGUGCAACGUUUAGUCUUUCAGAUUUUCUUUAAAAUUCAGAAAAAAUUUUUUGUUUGAUUUGUCAA